AUGGCUGGCGUAGCCCCUGAUUCUACAACGGCUGCACUGGCUGGCGAAGUCCCCAAAGAGACUCGCAGGGAUAUCCUGGGCGACGCUGCCUUCUCGUCCACCGCUCCUGGAUCGACUACAGCAGAGCUCGCCAAACAUGCCCCUUUCGAGCAGCGAGCGAAUGUGCCUGGGACGUUCCCAGCGACCCCAGGAUCGGAAGUUGAGCAGUUCUCUGUGAAUCCUAUCCCUGCCUCGAGUGGCCUGGGCAACCCAAUCAAGCUAAAGCCAGGAGAGAAGGUGCCUGACCCGAGCACAUUCAAUACCAACACAAUCCACUCUACAGCCCGGACAGAUCAAGCCGGAUACGAAGCGAAUGCCAGCCAUCCAUUGACUGGGAGCCAAUCUAAAGACACCAGCGCAUUUGCUGUUCCCCCAGUCUCGAAUAAUAUGAUCCCUGAAUCUAGCCUUCCCAUGGGCCAGGCCAGUCAGGGUUCUUACGACCCUGCCACUAUUCAGUCCGCAGCGCCCACAUCUACUACUGCAGCUCUUGCCGGUGCUGUUCCCCUUGAAUCUCACAAAAGACAGACCGAUAGUGGUUCUGGUGCACCUGCGGGUGAUGUUCCGGAAGUGGUGAGGCACUCGAUGUCCGAGGCUCACGCAGAUCCUGAAGCAGCUGCUAUCAAGGAGGCUGUCGGAGAAAAGAAAGAGAUGGAGCAUGAGCUUCAGCAGAAAGUCCCGGUUGACGAAUCGAGAGGCACGCCAGCGCCCACUACUGGUGUCACUGCUGCAGCCACUGAAACUGCUCCCCAAGCGACCAUAUCACACCCUGAUUCGGCACAGCUAUCGCCGCGGGCGACAACCCCAACGACGAGGCCUGAUACGACUUCCGAAGCGGGGCCAACUGUCACGACUGGCCCUGAGACUACUAAGACAUCUGAGGUGUCGGGACCUGGUAGUGGCUCAGCUGCCGCAACGGCUGGUAAUACUGGAGCGAGUGCAACCAAGACUGCCGAGCCGACACAUCCUCAAAACACGAGCGUAGGGGGAACGAAUGGUCGGUCGAGUACUCCACCCAAGGACACGUCGCGCAAGGACUCAGGAUCUUCGAGUGGCACCCCAUCCCAGAAGAAAAAGAGGAACCGUGCCAGUGCGUUCUUCCAUAAGCUCAAGGAGAAACUCACCUGA